AUGGCGUACUGCGGUUCUGUUGGCAGCGUUAACGUGCUAGCAAUUAUGAGCGCUGAUCUUUUCGAUGAAACGCAAGAGAAUCCGUUCCUUCUUCAAAGUCGAUCACCAUCGCCUUUCAGGUCAAAAAAGGGAGCUUCGCAGCAAGCUGCAUUUAUAAAUAAAGAAGCAGAACUACCCUGGAGUGAUACAUGCGGGUCAUUGGAAUACGAUCAUCAACCAUGCGGCACCGGGUUUUCUUUCAAAGAUUCGUCACAUUCCCAGCCAACUUCGCCGCAAAGCUCUGUUAGGCGCACUGUCUCCCUUGUCAACCCUGGUGCUACACCGCGUGGCAACUUAUCGCGUCGAUCAAGCAGUGUGUCUGAAAUUUCUGCUUUUCCAUCCUCCCCUGAUCAGAAUCACUUGGAGCAGAGAACUGAUAAGCUUGUAGACGACAAUGAUUUGUACAAACUGAUCAGCGCCUUAUCUCGUCUCGGACUGACGGAUGAUACUUCUGAAAUUACUCAGGACCAGCUUCGAAAGAUAAAUUUAAUCCUUUCGCGCGAAAAAGCGUCAGAUCAUGAGACGCUUGGAUCAGUGCGAGAAGGCUACUAUAGCUGCGAUGAAACCGACCGUCGUUCCAACAUGUCCAAAAGGAGUCUUUCGAAGAGGAAAAGUUCUUGCGUGUUGCGCCAAGAAUUGUGCACAUCACCUGGGACCGUCCCGUUUCGUACUGUAAAGAACCUGUUGCGCGGUGGCGGAGUCGCUGGGCGCACCACAUUGAAAGGAGGACCAGAUGCUCAACACUCGAAAAUAGCAAGCACAAUAUCUUCCCGUUUGAAAGUCAAUCAGAAGUUUGUGCGGCCAGCGAUUCUUACUGACGCUUUCAAUCGAGUAAGCGUCAUGAAGCUAGGUACGAGAUCGCUAAAAGUGCAGGCGAAGCAUAUUACUCUCGCCCAGCAGUGGGAUAAAGAUCUAUGCGAUCGCGAGGAGGUCGAUUCUGGCAUGCCGUCACCAAAAGGUCAGCUCAGAAAUAACUCUACUAUUACGUUGGACACCUUAGACAAAAUUGGUACACGUGCUGCAUGUCCUGUGCAUCUUCUUGAUAAGGAAAAGGCCGACUACUCUCGCGUUAGUGCUCGCGUGGACUGCUAUAAUAACGUCCGUAGUCCGAAGCGCAAUCUUCAGCGCCCGUCCACCUGGCUGGUUGGUGCUGCUCUAGAUGCACAUAUAACAUUACAUGAGAAGCAAAUAAAGCCUUAA